UCUGGUCUGGAAUAUAGAUCCAAAAGAGACUCGGAAUAUCUCUCUCUUAAAAAACUAUGCCGUCCGCAAAGCCCUUUGCGACCAUCGCCGGCACGCUCCGGACUCGGCUAUCCCCUUCCCUCCGGACCCGAGGAGGCGGAGGGCACGGGCCCAGCCGGUGGGCAAGUCCGGGUCAUGAGGAACGCCCCAAGGGAUACCUAUUCAGCCGGACGCCACCGCCGCCGGGACAAUCUCGAAAGUGGGAGGACUGGGAGUUGCCCUGCUAUGUCACCAGCUUCCUCACAAUCGUUAUCCUUGGAGUAGGUCUCAACGCCAAGCCCGAUCUCACCAUCGAGACAUGGGCCCACCAGAAAGCACUAGAACGGCUCGAACUCGAUUCUGCCCAGACUCAACACACUGAAUCUGAUUAGAAAGUGUUGCCAUUACCUGGGGUAUGGUUUUAAUUUUCUGCUUUUUUUAGACUGGUUCUGUGUUGGAAUCGUCAAACUUGUGUAGUUGGUUUUGUCCAGGAAAUAAAUGAUAUUGACUUGCUGAAUGUGGAGUGAAAACCUCUACUGUUAAUUUACUGGAGUUUUUGGGAUGUUAACUUUGCGCAGUUCAAAUUUACGUAUAUUUUACGAAUUAUUGUGUUUGAUGUAAUUGAAUGAUUUGGAAUUAGUGAGGGGUUUACUUAUGUCCAA